AUGGCUCAGGUAGCUCUAGAUGGUAAAUUGUCUUGUCAAAUCCUUCUGGCAUUCCAAGUCCUUCCUUCCGACAUUCCAAGUCCUUCCUUCCGACAUUCCAAGUCCUUCCUUCCGACAGGAAAAGUUUUUCUUUCCGACAGGAAAAGUUUUUCUUUCCGACAGGAAAAGUCCUUCCUUCCGACAGGAAAAGUUUUUCUUUCCGACAGGAAAAGUUUUUCUUUCCGACAUUCCGAGUCCUUCCUUCCGACAUUCCGAGUCCUUCCUUCCGACAGGAAAAGUCCUUCCUUCCGACAGGACACAAACGAAUGUCCCACGUACCACCAACCGAGUCCAUUCCAAAGCCAGAAGAACCGAAAGCUGCAGAACCACAACAGACUUACUAAGACUAAACACUUACAUUUUUCAAGCUUGCUUGGUUUGCACUUGCUGAGAUAUUCCUUCACGGUUUCAUUUACCUCAAUUAGAUAA